AGACAAGGUAAAAGAGCACCAGGUUUUCUUCGGUUCCGUACGUGUUUUCAUACAACACUGAAUAAGGGUUAUUUGGGGUUGAAACAUUCGAUAAAAUGGAGGAUUGGGGUGCGAAGAGAUUUCUACUGUCAAAAACAUGGGUCUCAGAGAGGUGAUAGUUGACCUUAAAUUCAUUGUGAUCUGACAGUAAGUGCGGCGUAACUUCAAGAUACCAGUGGCUCUGGCAACCCCGUUAUGGAUAUGGCUAUGAGCAAUGGACACGAUGUGGUCGAGGAUGUUCCAAUUGACGGAGCCUCGGUCGCCUCCAGUGAGGAUUAUAAUAAUGCCCCGCCCAGUCCGUCCUCAUUGGCCGAUGAGCAGGGCAUGACAGCCAAUGGCAUGGUGGCGUCGACAAGGCCCAAAGAGCAGACGGAUCGGUUCGGUUUCACGGGCGGCAAGCAGUUCACGAAAGAUUCGGACUGGAACACUCCGGUGCAGGUCAUCAGGAGACGAGAGAUCAAAUGGCUGGACAUGCUGGAUGACUGGGAUAAGUGGAUGAGCAAAAAACCCAAGAAAGUUCGGGAAAGAUGUCGUAAGGGCAUUCCUUGUUCGAUUCGCCCCAGAGCGUGGCAGUAUCUGUGUGGAAGCAAGAAGCUCUACGAGCAGAACAAAGCAAGAUGGCAGGAGAUGGACUCCUCCGAAGGCGACCCCAAGUGGCUGGAGGUCAUCCAGAAGGACCUGGAUCGUCAGUUUCCCUUCCACGAGAUGUUUGCCAAUCGCGACGGCCAUGGCCAGCAGGAUUUGUUCCGCAUCCUCAAGGCGUACAGUAUCUACAACCCGCGGGAUGGUUACUGUCAGGCCCAGGCGCCCGUCGCUGCCGUGCUGCUCAUGCACAUGCCGGCCGAGGAUGCUUUUUGGGCGCUGGUCCAGAUUUGUGAGAAGUACCUGACCGGCUACUACAGCGUUGGUCUGGAGGCCGUUCAGAUAGACGGAAUGGUGCUUGCUGGACUGAUGAAGAAAGAAUCGCCAACAACCCACAAACACAUGAAAAAGCACAAGAUUGAUCCAAUCCUGUACAUGACCGAGUGGUUCAUGUGCAUGUUCUCCCGCACGCUACCCUGGCCCUCCGUCCUGCGGGUCUGGGACAUGUUCUUCUGUGAAGGUGUGAAGGUUUUAUUCCGCGUUGCCCUGGUCUUGCUCAAGAGCACCCUGGGCCGGUCAGAGCAGCUGCGCGACUGCCAGGGUCUGUAUGAAACCAUGGAGGUACUGCGGAACAUCCCGGCGUCAAUCACGCAUGAAGACUUCUUGGCUGCUGAGAUGCUGAAGCUUAGAGUCUUUGAGAAAGACAUGGAGGCGGAACACUGCCUCUCUCUGGCCAGACGGAAGGUCAUCAAGGAACGGCAGCUGGCGCCCGAGAAGGCCGCGGCCAUGCAGCGCGACAUCGACCAACUGCGCAAGAAGAAACGCGGAAAGGUCAAACCGCCGCCAAACAGAGACCACAGGGAAGGCUUCGGAAGUUCAGACUUGCUGGCGCAAGAAAAGGCGGCCGAACAGAGCGCGAGCGCACAACGUCCGGAAGAGCCCAUGGGGGCAUGGAAUGAGCACCACCAAGUGUUGGAAAGAACUGCUCGUGCUCAGUCGCCCGUGAGCGACCCCACCAGCGGACGAACGGAGAUGGUCCGCGAAGUCCAUGUUGACAAUCCCCCGAGAGACUGGAACAGGGGCACGGCAGAAUCCCCAGUUAGUCCGGGCCCUGAGAAAUCAACGAAGAGCAAAGACUCUAAGAAGGAGGAAAAGAAGAAAGAGAAAGUGGAAAAGAAGAAAGGGAAAUCCCACUCCAAGACGGAGGUGAUGAGCAUACCAAGCCCUGGGACGGUCUUGGGAGAGGAGGUGGACGGAACAACAGAGCAAACGGACGAUAAAGACUGGCACAGGGGCACAGGGGAAUCCCCAGGUAGUCCAGGCAUAGAGCAACCACCAAAAAGCAAAGACUCUAAGAAACAGGAAAAGAAGAAAGAGAAAGUGGAAAAGAAGAAAGGGAAAUCCCACUCCAAGACGGAGGUGAUGAGCAUACCAAGCCCUGAGACGGUCUUGGGAGAGGAGGUGGACGGAACAACAGAGCAAACGGACGAUAAAGACUGGCACAGGGGCACAGGGGAAUCCCCAGGUAGUCCAGGCAUAGAGCAACCACCAAAAAGCAAAGACUCUAAGAAGCAGGAAAAGAAGAAAGAGAAAGCGGAAAAGAAGAAAGGGAAAUCCUACUCCAAGACGGAGGUGAUGAGCAUACCAAGCCCCGGGACGGUCAUGGGAGAGGAGGUGGACGGAACAACAGAGCAAAAGGACGAUAAAGACUGGCACAGGGGCACAGGGGAAUCCCCGGGUAGUCCGGACACCGAGAAACCACCAAAAAGCAAAGACUCUAAGGAGGAAAAGAAGAAAGAGAAAGUGGAAAAGAAGAAAGGGAAAUCCCACUCCAAGACGGAGUUGAUGAACACACCCAGCCCUGAGCCGGUCUGGGCAGAGGAGGAGGCAGGAAACACAGAGCAAAAGGACAAAAAAUCCAAAAAUAAGGGAAAGAAAGCGAAAAAGGCCGAGAAAGGCGGCAAGAAGAAUAAAGAGAAAGCCUCGCAUUCCAGUAGUCAGCCAUCAUCCCCGCUCGGCAGCCCCGACCAGGAGGAACCAAGGAGGUUGUCGAACGGAAAUGACCAUGCGGUAAAGGAAACUGUCAGAUCUGAUAACGUCACUGAGGCCCUGCCCGAACAAAUAACAGAGUAUCGUUUAUCGCCCUAUGCUGAAGUUUUCCACCCAGAAACAGAACCGGUCCCAGUUGUCACGGGAACCAAUAACACUGAGGAUUUGCCUGGUAUCCCGACACGGUCACCGGCUGAAGAACAACAAACUUCACCAUCGUCCAGACAGGCAUCGCAGCAUCAGGAUCACCAUGACGACCAAAGUCAACAACACUUUGGCCUGGAGACACCUGUAUGAGAGAUUCCAUCAUUUGUUAUGUAACAAUUUGUUUUCUUUUACAGAAUUUGACAAGAGAUGGCAUAUAAAGUAGAACGGAUCAUCGGCGGUAACUCUGAAUAACGGUGGUUGUGGUCCUUUAAAUCCUGGUAAAAUAUCCUGCUCAAGGACACAGGUCUCUUUUUUUUUUA